GCCCCCUCGACAAGCAUUACUUGUUCAAUUAAACCAGAAUUCGGUUAGAUCUUUCGAUCGUUCGACUAAAUUCGAGUUUUUGCUUUCAGAAAGGGCCUCUGGAAUGGAGCACAUGGAGUACAAUCGUCGCGAUGCGCAGGCAGGAGGAUUGGGCAUGGGCGGUGGCGAUGCGGACAACCUCAUGCGGCGCACCACCGCACCUCGAGCACCACCGGUGGUGCGUCACCGGCGGACCGAGUCGCUGGCGGAGGAGCACAGCUCGCUGAUGACCCUCGAGUCUGGCCAGGAUGAGGGGGACAGUCCGAGCAGCAGUUGCCAGGGAUCCGAGGUGGAAGCCUCAUCCGCCUCCUCCUUGGACUCGCCGGGCAAAUCCCCAGACCACAGUCGACCCAAUCAGCUGGUGCGCUUCUGCCUGCGCCUGGGCUACAAUGCCAUCUUCUAUCCCUACGAAAUGGCCAAGGUGCUCAUCCAACUGGGCCACGAGCCCAUCCAGGCGCGGCCCUUCCACCUGCAGCUGCUGCACCGGCGGCCACGCCUCUUCCUGCCCGGCGUCCACCAGUAUGUGCUGCACAUCCAGCGCCUGGACGGCUAUCUGGGGAUGUAUCGCGGCCUGACCGCUCGCCUGGCCGCCAGCACAGUGGACUACCUGCUGGGGGAUCUCGUGCUGGCCCUGCUGCACUUUCAUCCCUACAAGCGGGCUCCCAGGGAGGAGCCGAGCCUCAAGGAGUUCUCGUGGAACUUCGCCAGGGACAGCCUGCGCCUGGCCACCGCAGUGGUGCUGACGCAACCCUUCUACGUGGUCAUGGUGCGCCAGAUAGCCCAGUUUGUGGGCAGGGAGAGGAUGUACGAGGGCCUCCUCGGCAGUCUGAUGACCCUGAUCAAGCAGGAGGGCUAUGCUGGACUCUUUACGGGCAUGGCGCCCCGUCUGCUGGGCGAGUGGAGCGUCCUGACCAUCACCAGCCUGCUGGCGCACCUGUGCCUCCGCCUCAUCCCGAUGAGCCGCAGCCAGCAGCAGUACAACUCGGCGAUUGUCCAGAUGCUGGCCAGCCUGCUGGUGUACCCCAUGGAGGUGACCUCCGCCUGCAUGGCGGGCUCCGGGGCACCGCUGGCCGCCUGCGAGCCGCCCAGGAUGCCGCUCUACAACCACUGGGCCGACUGCCUCACCGAUCUCUACGCCCGCGGUGGCCACAACCGGGGCGCCAUUCUCUUCUGGCGCACGGUGCCCAGGAUCCAGUUGCUGCGCCAUCAGGAUGGUCACGUGGUGAGAUCGGGCCAGUGAUCAGCGGGAGAGAGGUGAGGGAACCGUCGGAGAGGAGAAUACAGGUGGGAAGAUUUGGGGAAAGAUUCGAAAAAGCAUAUAGUAGAACCAUCUGGAAAUAGGGUUCGAUCAGAAUAUAAACUGAAGAGAUUAAAGAGCAAAGAAAACAUAUAGGAAUAUGAUAGCAUAUAGCAAAGAAACUGGAGAUUCAAGAAACAGAAGAUUAAAGAUUAUGUACAACGAAGAAAGAGCUGAGAAGAUUUUGACAAGAAGGAAAAGAAAGUCGAGAGUGAAGAAACGGAGACUGGAAAAUGGAGAAAUGUUCGAUGGCGAUACUUUCGAUAGCAGGUCGAAAGAAAAUUUUACGUUUGUAAGAUGUGGUUCGGAAUACUGUACGUAAUAAAUCCCAAGAAGGUAU